GGCAACGCAUAUGUGGACCUGGAAGUGUUCCUGCGCCGUUUAGCUUGCUAGGUUAAAACAGCACAGAGCACUAAAAGUGUGCGGCAAUAAAGUUUAUUUUUAGUCAAAAUAUAUACAUUUGGAAGCAGUUUGGCCGUAUAAGUCAAAUGUAAUUUAAUUAAAUGUUUAUCAGGCACUUUGGUUGCUGACAGGUCGAACGGGAGAACUGAAAAUAAUCUACCAAAGACAAUAUCGGAAAAAAGUGACAUCGGUAUUUCUACUGUUCUUUUUUGCUGCUGUCUGGCAGGCAGUGGUUGGCUGGUCAAGGGAUGCAGGGGCUAUGGAGAGUGUGAUGAAUUGUGCUGACGAGCAGCAACCCUCCUCCAUGGCCAACCUAUGGUCCAAUAAACAGGAAUCAAGCAGGACCCAAAAGGCAAAAGGUGGAUUUGUUUUGGUCCAUGCAGGAGCAGGAUAUCACUCUGAAUCUAAGGCAAAGGAGUACAAGCAUGUCUGCAAAAAAGCCUGCCAGAGGGCUGUGGAUCAACUCAAAGCCGGGGCGCUGGCCGUGGAAGCGGUGGCUGCUGCGCUGGUUGAGCUGGAGGACUCCCCUUUUACAAACGCCGGCAUGGGCUCCAACCUGAAUUUGUCAGGGGAGAUUGAAUGUGAUGCAAGCAUCAUGGAUGGAAAGUCUCUUCAUUUUGGUGCAGUGGGGGCCAUCAGUGGUAUUAAAAAUCCUGUUUCAGUGGCAAACCGUCUGCUGAAGGAAGGACAGAAAGGGAAGCUGUCAGCUGGGAGAAUACCACCUUGUUUUCUAGUCGGUCGAGGAGCCCACGAUUGGGCAGUGUGUCAUGGAAUCCCAUCAUGCCCUUCAGAGAAAAUGGCCACAAAGUUCAGUUUAUCUGCAUACAAGAGGAACAAGCGAAAGAUGGAGCUGGCAGAGAGAAUGGACACAGGACAUAGUCAGACAAAGAAAAGACGACAAUCAAAUGAAAAUGGAAACGGCUCAGGGUGUCUGGACACAGUCGGGGCUGUGGUGGUGGACCUGGAGGGAAACGUUGCUGCAGCCGUGUCCAGCGGAGGCCUCGCCAUGAAACAUCCAGGCAGGAUUGGACAGGCUGCUCAUUACGGAUGUGGCUGCUGGGCUGAAAAUGCCCGAAACAUCGACUCUUACUCCACAGCAGUGAGUACCUCAGGAUGUGGAGAGCAUCUGAUUCGCACCAUGCUGGCUCGGGAAUGCUCCGCUGCUAUGCAGUCUGAAGAUGCCCACCAAGCGCUGCUGGAGGCUAUGCAAAACAAGUUCAUCAGCUCACCCUUUCUGGCCAGUGAAGAUCGCGUUCUGGGUGGAGUUAUUGUCCUGAGAUGCUGCACAUGUGUGGAAGCUCAGUCAUCUCAAAACAUUCAGGGUAAAUUAGUGGAGUUCUUGUGGAGCCACACCACAGAGAGCAUGUGUGUCGGUUACAUGUCUGUGCAAGACAGCAAAGCAAAGACGCACAUAUCCAGGUUACCAUCUGGGACGGUUCCUGGACAGUCUCUGGCCAUCGAGGGAGGGGUGUGUCGGCUGAUGGGUGUGACGGAGUGAAUCUCAGCCUCUUCAUCUCCUUUUCUUCUGGGCUUCCUUAAAACUGCUGCACAGAACCAACAUGCACUCCCCCUCUCCUGCAUCAUUGCAACUCCAGAUGUGUUGAGGUGUUUCAACAGCUGGUGAGGAGGUAGCGAGGACUGCUGCCUUCUGUUCUAGUGCACUUAACGGACUUCCCCUUUGCUCCCCUUUGCCUCCAGCUUCUAUGCCAGUUUUUGCCCUUCCAGUGUCACCUGGAUGAUACUUGAUACCCCAUUGCCUUGAUGCACCUUUUUCAGCUAAAUGGCUUUUUUUGGUUUGUUUCAUUUAUAUAUACACAUAUAUAUAUAUAUCAUUGUAUAUAUAUAUAUAUAUAUAUAUAUAUAUAUAUAUAUAUAUAUAUAUAUAUAUAUAUAUAUAUAUAUAUAUAUAUAUAUGUAUAAAAGCUAUGAUUUAGGACAACAGGGUGGAAAAUGAUUUAUGUGUUUAAGCACAGACUUCUUGAAAACAUUAAAAUGCUGGACCUAAGCUUCAGUUUGUUCAAAAAGAUUUAAGUCUGCACUUUGUGGAAUGCCUGCUAGUGCAAUGAAACAUUUUUAUUUUUAAGGCUAUACCAGUGAUGAUAAAUCAACGUCUUUGUAUAUAAAUUAAUCCUCCAGCACCUUGCAAAGUUUCACUAUACCUUUUCUUCUCCUGCUAAGGAUUUCCAUUGGUUAAGAAGGAAGCUGUGCUAUGAAAUGCACACAAAUGAACAGAUAAUAUCAUUUUAUAAUUUUUUAUUGUUUUAAACCUUACAAAAGCAUAAGCUAUAGUAGAAAGAAGCAGCUAAAAGCCUGUGUUUGCAGACACAGAACUGAACACCACUGCCGUGGUGUUCAGUUCUGUGUCUGCUGGGAUAAUCCAUUCAGUUCAUUAGGUUUUUUCUUUUUGCUAGUAUGUUUUCGUUUUACAGUUUGUCAUGGUUUAUUUCAAAUGUCCAACCAAAAUAAAGUCCUAUAAGCUAUAAGAAUCAUGUGGACCCCCCUUCCCCCCCAGCAGUGCCAAGCACCAAAAUAAAAUCUGAUGCUUUGAA